AUGUGAGCAAUGGCCGAGGGGGAUGCCGCCCUGGCCUGCGAACAGCCUGCUGAACAGGAGGAACGUCCCUACAAAUGUAAGCAGUGUCCACGCAGUUACCGCCAUGCUGGCAGCCUGGUGAACCACAGGCACACCCAUGAGGUGGGACUCUUCCACUGCCUGGUAUGUCGUAAAGAUUUCUCCAACCCCAUGGCCCUCAAAAGCCAUCUCCGCACCCAUCUGGAGGAGAAGCGUCACAAAUGCCUGGACUGUGGCCGAGGCUUCCGGACGUCCUCCCAGCUGGCCAAUCACCGCUGUGUGGCCCGUCUCAACCAGGAGCAGGAGGAGAAGGAAGAAAGUAAUGGAGACAGCUGUACAUUCCAGAAGGUCCAGGACAUUUCUUCAUCAGAUGGCGAUGCCUGUUCUGGGAUGGAAGGCAGCAGCAGAAGCCUGUUGACCAACCUGGAGAAGUACAUUGCGGAAUCGGUGGUGCCUGCUGACUUUUCUCAGCUGGGAUUUCCGAUCAAGAUGGAAAAGGAGACGGAGGAACGGCUCCCAGUGCACCAGAGCGAGGAAGAGGAGGCAGCCAUGAUGGGAGGACUCAGGGCCACAGAGGAUGAACGGCGCUACAAAUGCAACCAGUGUGACAAGGCAUACAAGCAUGCAGGCAGCCUGACCAAUCACAAGCAGAGCCAUACAUUGGGCGUGUACCAGUGUGCCAUGUGCUUCAAGGCCUUCUCCAACCUCAUGGCACUCAAGAGCCACACUCGUCUCCACUCAGAGUAUCGGCCCUACAAGUGUCGCUUUUGCCACAAAGCCUUCCGGCUCCCCUCGGAGCUGCUGAGCCACCAGAAGGCCCACAACCAGGAUGAAAGCAAGAUGACUGGCCUGCCAGCUUGGGAAGGCUCUGAACACAGCAUCUGGGAGGAGGAAUCCAUAGAGACCUUGGCCAAGCUGGACAUUUACCAACCUCCCCCAGCAGGCACAAACCUGGGGGACAGUGCCCCUUGCAGCCUCAAAGACACCUCCAAGGCAGGGGGUGGUGAACGCUGCAACCCAGAUGGGGAGCUGUGUGUACGCUGUGGUGGAACUUUUGCUGAUGAGGAGGAGCUGAAAGAACAUAGUUGUCUCUAUCCAGAGGAGGCAGAUGAAGAGGAGGAGGAAAGCAAUAGUCCCUCUCAACCAGCACCUGGCUCCAAUGGCACUUGGGAAGCAAGUUUGAAAGGAGAAGAUGACUAUUCCUUAUUGGAGGAGCGUCCAUUCCGCUGUGGAGACUGUGGCAGGACUUACCGCCAUGCUGGAAGUCUCAUCAACCACAAAAAGAGCCACCAGAUAGGAGUCUACAGUUGUACCGUCUGUUCAAAGCAGCUCUACAACUUGGCCGCCUUGAAGAACCAUUUGCGGGUCCACCUGAAGUCCAAGCUCAGCUCAUCUGUUAUGGAGGAAGCAUCCCAGCAUCUUUCUGCUGUUUCAGACAUGCAUCAAGGUGAGGACAGCCCUGGAGACCACAGAGACUACAGUUCACAGCCACCAGAUGUCUGGAGAGGAGCCUCCUGUCCAAAGGAAGAGGAGGAAAGAGGCAUUGAGGAGGAAGACCGGCCCUACAGGUGUGGGGAUUGUGGGCGGAGUUACCGGCACCGCGGCAGUCUUGUGAACCACCGCCACACCCACCAGACAGGGAUCUUCCAGUGCUCCAUCUGCCCCAAACAGUACUCCAACCUUAUGGCACUCCGGAAUCAUGUGCGAGUACAUUUGCGGGCUGCCCGUAUGCGUGGCCGAGAACAAGGGGGCGGUCUCACGUGCAGCAGAUGUGGGGAGAGCUUUGAGGAGGAGGCUGAGUUCCAGCUCCAUCAGCUGCGCCACCUGCCCUCAGCUGAGGACAUUGAAGCGGCAGCAGUUCCCAAACUCAGUGGCUUUCAUCCACAGGAGGCAGAUCUUCUCCAAGCUAUCAAGCAGGAUGUGGAAGCUCUAGAGAACGGAGCAUCUGUGGCCGAGGAUGUCCUUCCUGACUCAAAGGUGGCCCAUGUCUGCCACCAAUGUGGAAUGACAUUUGCCAGUGCAGAUGUCCUGCAGAGUCAUGUCUUGCAGCAUAGCAGCGAAAGGGAACUGGCAGAAGGGAUGGCUGAGAGGACUGACUCCCCCAGUUCCCUCCAGCGAUUGUAUGGUUGUGACCAGUGCGGCAAGUCUUAUCGGCACUCAGGGAGCCUCAUCAACCACAAACAGACACAUCAGACAGGGGAUUUCAGUUGCUCAGUUUGCAGUAAGCACUUCCAAAACGUAGCUUCACUUAAGAGUCACUUGCGUGGGCAUCAGAGACCCCGGAGGACACAGUGUGAGGCCACAAUGGCUAUGAAUGAGGAUGAGGCUGGUGAACUUGAAGACGGAGCUGCCUUUCCUGGGUUGCUGCCUUCAGGAGAUGAGCUCAGUGACAGCUUUCAUGUUUUGGAAGAAGAUGCUCUCCCGAAUGGUUGGCAGUCGCAAGUUCCCUCGCCAUUGUCAGGUGACACUGAAGUAACCCCUUAUCUCUGUGACCAAUGUGGGCUGGACUUUAACCAGGCCAGUAGUUUGGUGAUCCACAAACAGACCCACCAACUUGGCAUCUACCAGUGUUCCCUCUGCCCCAAGGAAUAUUCCAGUCUUGUAGCUCUAAAAAACCAUUUUCAUGCGCAUACCAGGGCUACGGCAUGCUCUGAAGGCAGCCCCGGCAUAGAUGACAGUGCCGAGGAGCAACCCUUCCUCUGCAGCUUCUGUGGCAUGAUAUUUCCCAGCGAGGAGGGCCUUCAGCAGCAUCACAGUCUGUUGCAUGAAGAGGGAGAAACCCAGGGAGAUGAGCAGGAUGUUGGACUCAAAAGGGAGGUAGAGGAGCAGUUGGAUAGUGGUGGGGACCGAGAAGAGGAGCAGCUCCUCUCACACAUCUGUGGCUACUGUGGCCAGACAUUUGACGAUAUGGCCAGCUUAGAGAAGCACAGCGAAGGACAUCUGGAGGAGAAAGCUGCUGCCUUGGCCGACACUUCCAUGCAGCUCCGGCGAGCUUCCCGUGUAGAGGAGGACCAGCCACCACCACUUCCAGUGGAGGUGUCUGAUGCUCCCAUGGAGCCCUUGGACAACCGGCCUUAUGCUUGCAGCCAGUGUGGGAAAACCUACCGCCACGGUGGCAGCUUAGUAAACCACAAGAAAAUCCACCAGAUUGGAGAUUACCAAUGCAGUGUCUGCUGCCGUCCAUACCCCAACUUGUCAGCUUAUAAGAACCACCUCCGGAACCAUCCAAGGUGCAAGAUAAGUGGCAGUGUCCCAAUAAAUCGGCAACCAGUCACUGUUACAGCAGAAGACCCACCAUUUUCUUAUACAGUGGCUAAGGAAGAGCCUCUGGAUCACAGGGUUACGGUGCUUCAAAACCGGGAAGAUCUGCCAUACGCUAAGUCUCCAGUGUCUCCUAUUAGAGAGGAAAAAUCAGGAAGACAACUGAAGGCUAGUCAGCCAGAGUGCAAGAAGGCCCAGCUGUUUGAUAUCUGUGGAGAGCUGUAUGAGGGGAAAACAGUAUUGGAAGCCCAUUGGCCCCUGCAUUUUGCCCAAGAAGACAAGAAGUUGGAAGAAGAGAAGGAUGUGAUAGGUGGAGAGGAAAAUUCCCCAGCUGCUGAGGAAGAGGACUCCUCCUCUGAGCGCCCUUUCCAGUGUGAUAUGUGUGAGCGCAGCUACAAGCAUGCAGGCAGCCUGAUCAACCACAAGCAGACCCACAAGACAGGCCUUUUCCAUUGCAGCAUUUGCCAGAAGCAGUUCUACAACCUCAUGGCUCUGAAGAACCACAACCGCACUCACUAUGAAACCAAACGCUACCGGUGUCCAGAGUGCCCCAAGGCCUUUCGGCUCCAGAAGCAGCUGGCCAGCCACCAGCGAGUGCACCGUGAGAGGAAGCGGGACUCCUCUGCCCAUCCUUCUCGGAGAUCUCUACAUGCCAAGCGGGCUGGGAAGACGGAGAAUUCAGCCCAACCUCUAAAUGCUGCCAAGCAAUGCCCAGAUCCUGAGGAGCGACCUUACUGGUGUAGGGAGUGCGGGCGUACAUACCGCCAUGCUGGGAGCCUGCUCAAUCACCAAAAGAGCCACAAGGUAGGGCACUUCACCUGCUCCUUGUGCAGCAAGGCCUAUCCCAACCUCAUGUCCCUGAAAAACCACCAGCGGAUCCACUAUGAAGUCAAACGUCACCAGUGUCCGGAUUGUGGCAAGACAUUCAAGUGGCAGCGACAGCUGCUGAAACACCAACGGCGCCCCAAUCCUUGUGUUGGUAAUAGCGGCAGCAUCUCACGGCAAAGAUUGGACCAGAACAAAUCAGCUUCUGGAAGGGAGCAAGGGAGCAGCUCCACAGAGGCUACGGCAGGCUCCUUUCCCUGCCAUUUGUGCUCCAAACAUUUUUCUAACCACAUUGCUCUCAAGAACCACAGCCGCAUCCACACAAAGAAACGCUAUGAGUGCUCAGAGUGUGGCAAAAAUUAUCGAGCCUCCAAGGAUUUGAUGCACCAUCGGAGGAGGCAUCAGAGAGAGGAGGUGGGUGACAUUGCUGAGGAAGAUGAGCUUUCCCCUCUUGGGACAGUCCCGACCAAUCAGACACUGGAGGAGCGGCCUUACAAGUGCGACCGGUGUGAGCGGACAUACCGCCAUGCUGGGAGCCUCAUCAACCACAAGCAGGCGCACGCCACUGGCCUCUACCGCUGCCCCACCUGUGAGAAGGAGUUCUACAACCGCCUGGCCCUUAAGAACCACCUUCAUACCCACAAGGACAAGAAACGCCACCGGUGCCCCCAUUGUAGCAGAACCUUCCGGACUGCCCGGCGCUUGGCUGCCCAUACCAAGGCCUGCUGCAGGACAAAGGAGGAGGAGGAGGAGGAGGAGGCAGCUUUUGUUUGCCCUGUCUGCUCCCAGACAUUCUUUCAACAACUCAGCUUCCAGCAGCACCAGCUCUCGCAUGCCAAGGACGAUGGGCAUCCGGUGUCUACGGGGGCAGGCAGCUGAGGAUUUUGAAGAGUGUAUGCCAAGGAUUGUCUGGCAGGGGGAUUAUACCCUAGGGAAAUUUAGAAUGGCUGAGUGGGGAGCCUUCUCCAUUGAAAGAAAUGGCCUUGCAUUGAAAGAAAAAGGAAGAGAAGGAGUAUACAGAUAGGGGUCACAUGUGAGGCUGGGGGGUCAAGGGGCACAGCUUUGGGUGGAAAUAUGGGGAGGAUAGGGUAAAAAUAUGGGGAAGAUGGGAGUAUGCAAACCCUCAUCCCCUAUAGAACAUUUGGUCAGUUAGUACUGGAGUGAUUGAGCUCUUCCUUCAUGGAGCGUUACGUUGAAACCUCCAUCCAUACCUCUUUUGUGUCCCUUAAAAAUGUCCCCCUACAGCAACAUGUACCUUUUUUGCCUUGGAUUCUAUUUGAAGAACUGAAAUUGAGAAUCCUUGGAACCUUUUGAGCAUGUGCUUAAAGCGCCCUACUGAUUUGAAAUUUAGAACUUUUUUUUGGUAAUGUUUUUAAAUGCAUUUGGAAAGUCAGAUGAGUAGCAAGUCCAUGUUUAAGUCACAUAUGGUAUUUAAAUUACUGUUUUUAGAGUGAGAAAAUCACCGAAGUACUGUUUUAAAAGGAAAACAACAUGCCGGUUUGGAGCUCAGUUUAAUUGUUGAACGAAGCUGAACAAGAACCUUUGGCGUGGAGUAAUUCUUUUGGUUUCUACCUCUUUAACUGGAAAAUUAUUGACAUUUCCUUGGUGUGAAGGGGAAUUUUGUUCUUUUAAAAAAAUAUGUCCAGGAUUCAUACAUUUUGGUCUUUUUAAAAACAGGGUCUGGGAACUGUUCACUAAAAGAAGAAUGUGUUAGUUACAGUUGGUCCCUAGAGGCAACUGACUUAAAGCAUGAAUUUUAUGUGAGUAAACAAAUUAUCCUCUGCAGAAUUAGAGCAUACUCCACCAAAAUGUUCUCUCAGGCCAGCUCUAGUGAAAUAAGCAGGAACUGCUUAACAGCACAGUUAGUCAAAUGUUUAUUUUACAAUCCCAGUCAGACAAGCCCCUUAUAGAUCUAAGCCUCGGGGACAGAUUUGGAGGGAAUGGUUUUGCAGGACAAACAUCUGUCUGUUUUCUGUAGCCACUUUCUCCAGUCUGGUGCCAUUGAUAUGGUUUGGACUGCAAUGUCUAUCACCAUAGUCCACACAGCUUAUUUGAGAGUUGUCUCCUCACACAUAUCAAAGGCACCAGGCUGAGGCUUGUGACUGUCUGCCACGGUGCACAAAUCUUCAGAUCUCUUUGGUUGUUGUAAUCACAUAACCACCUAUGCUAACGUCCUUCUGAGACAUAGAAGGGAGAAUAUCAAAUGCAGGAAUAGAAGGAAAGUAGGCCUCUGAGGGCACAGCCGCUAAUUUAUUGCUCAAAGUUGUUUUUUUAAGAAUAUAACCCCGACGUAAUUCUUCAUUACACAAGGAAACGCAAAUUUAAUCCAACCCAUGGUGUAAAGCAGGAAUGAGGACAGCACUUUCCCCAUCACAUUUUUGGGGUCCAGCAUUUUUAAUUUAUCUCCCCCUCCAAAAAAACCCCACAUCUUGGGGAAUAUGGGAGACAGUUUUGACAGUGUUGGUCAUGCUCUCUUUACCUCAAGGAAAGGCCUUUUUUCCAAAGUUAAUUGACACAGAGGUUGGGUCUGAGAUGACCCAGUGAAGGCCAAAACAGUGUUGACAUUGCGGGCAAGGAUGUUUCACAUUUUUGAGGCUUGUGGUGGUAAAGGCAUGGCCUUCCAAAGUGCCUGAAAUAGUUGCUCAUCCCAGUUGAGAGGAAGGAUGCUGUAACCUUCUGCCCCUACUCCAGUUUUAACCAAAAUGGACCCCACUGGGCCUGUUGUUUUCAGUGGGGCAAAACCCAUUGUUAAAAAGAUGACCAGAGUCACCUCUACUCUGACCCAGAAUUUGCUAUUAUUUUGAGAUACUGUAAAACAGUAAUUCUCAACUAUUGGUCUUCUAGGUGUGCUUCUGAGAGAUGAAACCCAACAAAUACUGUGGGUAGCGAUGCUAAAUGCUGGGGACCACUGUUUAGAAAAUUGUUUCCUUUUUGGAAGAUGUGAAUUGGCGCCAAAUUCAGAAUUUAGAUGUCAUUAGAGAUGUUCACAUUUUCCCAAAAUAAUUGGUAGUAACUCUAAAGGACUGGGGCUAAAGGGAUUGAAUGUUUCCUCCACUAUGAUAGCCCUAAACAAACACCCUUAAAGUUUCAUUAAGUACUUUUCUUUGGAGUACAACUCCACAUUCCUAAAAUCCCUCAUGGCCUGCAAUAUUGCUCGAUUCCGGAAUAUGAACUGCUAAAAGGGAACAUUUCCAGGUUUUAUAUUUGAUAUCAAUUGAUUUUGAUAGAAGUGCUGUGCUAGUUAAAAAGUCCUGGGAAGUAACUUUUCUUCUGCUUUGUUGCUCUGCCUCCUUUUUAGUUUGUUUGUUCUUUUUCUGCACUAGAAAACAAUGCAUGACUCUAAAAAAGAACAGGGGCUGAAGUAAGCCUCUGCCUAACUAUGCUUUUCCAAGUGUAAAUGUGGAAAGUAGCCCUCCAGAUGUUUUGGACUGCAGUUCAAAAACAGCUCUAGAGCAGGCAUGGGCAAACCUUGACCUUCAAGGUAUUUUGGACUUCAACUCCUAUAAUUCGAAUUGAAGUUCAAAACACCUGGAGGGCCAAAGUUUGUCUAUGCCUGCUCUAAACAUUAUAGUCAUUGUCGUAGGACAGUGGUUCUCAACCUAUGGGUCCCCAGGUGUUUUGGCUGACAACUCCCAGAAAUCCCAGUUUACCAGCUGUUAGGAUUUCCGGGAUUUGAAAGCCAAAACAUCUGGGGACCCACAGAUUGAGAACCACUGUUGUAGGAUGAUUGUAAGCCCAAACUAUUUGGCCUAUAGGUUGCCAAUUCCUAUAAGUCUGGAAAUAAUUGCUAACUUGAGAACUGGAAUAAUUUCCUGAUCUCUUUAUCUCAUUCUUCUAAGAACACAUUUUGGCUUUAACCAUGAGGUUGAUCUCGACUCAGCGAGGUCCUGUUGGGGGUUACACUGUUUUGAACUGCAGAAGAGGAUCUGAAGAUUUGAACAUUUCCCUGCUUUAACUCUUCCCUGCAUUUCAUAACCUAGUACAUCAUGUUGGCCAGGAAAUAAUGUUUUCAUCCCAUGUUAUAUGUGCAUGACCUUCCCUCUCAUUGUCUCAAAUGACACAGUCCUAACAGGAGAUUAUUCUAAAUUCACAGAAGGGUUCUUACAUGGUCUAACAUUUCUAGAGGGAACUUCUUGGCCUUGAGUAUCAGCUAGCUGUCGGGAAUCCUUUAAAUGCUUGUUUGGUCUUUUUGAAACAAGAGGACUAGAAGCUAGACUGGCACCAGACUAUCCUGUGAAUGGGUUGGCAAGGAUAAAAAGAUUCACGGUUGUCUCUGAGGCCAUCCCCGUGUUUAUCUCAUCCAGGCAGGACUUUUUGGCAUGUCGCAGAUAAACUUGCACUGGGUGCAAAUGCCUGAGUGGAAACCAUCCAAAUUCUUCCCCCAACUCGACUCAGUGGAAGCCUCCCCGUUUAUAUGUAGUUGAGAACUCUCAGUUGUGAAUGUUUUAUAGAAUUUCUAAUAUAGAUAGGUAAUAUUUUUACGCAGGCGGGAGGGACAUAUAUAGAUAUGUGUGUGUUCAUGUGCAUUUGUUUAUUUGGCCAACUGACAUAUGUCCUCUCUUCCAUUUUUAUUCUUACGUCACCAUAUGUACUAGAUGUUGAUGCUCUGGUCCUGUUUUAUGUUGCUGUUCUCAACACCUGACAAUUUGGCUUCAGCAAAAGCCCUCCCAAGAGAGUCAAAACAGCAUUUCCAAGUGUUUCUUUGGGAUUGAUUUCCUUACUCCCCUCUGCCUUCUUAAAACAGUUCUCUAAAUAUCACCAUUGUACUUAGAUGUACAUGUGAAUAUUUUUGGGUUGUUGGGAUUUUUUUUAAGGGGUUGGGAUGUCAUAGGCACUUCUCAAAUGUUAAGUCAUUCUCCUUUCUAACUCACUAGUUCUAACUCACUAGAUCUAACUUACUAGUUCUCACUGCCCUUCCAGAGAUGAGGAGAUGACUGGAGUUUUGCUCCUCCUCGCUCUGUCCUAUUAGAUGCCCUUCACCCCAGGUUUUUUUUUCCUGGUACGUCGAUCGCAUGGGUAUUUGGCACCUCCUGGUGGCCAUGCCUGAUACGUGAAACACUUAAAAACUGCAAAUAAAUUGUUCUUGGUUUCUAAAA